AUACGAGAGCGGAGUAAAUAAACAAACAAACGAAUCACGGCGCAUAUCACGGUUCGCGUAUUGAUUUCCGUCCGCAAUUAAAUUGAAUAUUUCGGCGAAAUUCAGCGAUAAUUCACGGCCUACGACUACGAAACAGCCUCUGGUUGUAUUCUCCGGUAGCGCCAUGAGCAUCGAUGGAGAAGGAGGAUCGAAUGGUUCUCAGGAUGCUGACCUUGAUCUGGAUUCUGAUCAGUUUUCCGUGGAAGCUCUCGACGAAGAAAAUGAUCCCUUUUUCGAUUCUCGUGAGCCUCCGGAAGCUGAUGACUCAGGCACGAGCGAGAGGGAGUUUCGGAAAGCAGAUGCCGGUGAAACGAGCGGUGAAUCCAGCAAGCUCAGCAGCAAGCGGCCAGGCAAGCAAACAAAUCUGUCGCUGUAUGCAACUUUUUUCAAACGCAAGUUUGUCGGAGAGACUUCUGGGGCCAAGUUUGCAUCGGAGAUAAUUUACGGGAACAGCGUCGAUGAAAUUUUGCAAGGAAUAUGGAGUAUUGUGAAACCAGUUAUCAAGCAAGAAGUUACCUUCGAAGAUGACAAUGGACUCCAAGUUCCUUGUUGGGCCAAUGAUGAGCCAACACUUGGCGACCUAGGAAAGUUCGUGUACCUACAGAACCACGCGAAUCGUAGACGUGUCAAUGUUGACAAAGUGGACAGCAAACUGUUGAUCAGUUGGCGGUCGAAGGAAAUUCGGGUGCAUGUUCACGUUUACUCGACCGCAGUAUCAUGCAAGCAGCUGUGGGAAUUGGUUGAUCGACAGCUGAUUCGGUUUCAGAACAGCGAUCGUGCGGGAGCUCCAAAUAAUCAAUCUCUGACAGCAUUGGCCAACCAACUACGAGACAUCCAUGGAGCACACUUCAGCGGACAUGCCAGUUCCUGGAAAAUCUGGGCGAACUACCUACAUUCUGUUCCUGCACAUGAACGUGAACGCCGAAUGAAUGAUUUACCACCGCAUUCCGUCAUCAAAUUCUUUCGAUCAGUACCAAUCUCGGAGGCAGUCCAGCUCGAAAGCGCUCGUAGUGGACUGUCGGUUGCUCGAACAAUAAAUGAUGCAUUUUCGACGGACCUUUCGACACUGGAAAGCGAGGUGAAUGAAUUGCUUACCUUGGGUCAACGCAUUAAGCACCGGAUUCAAUCACUACAAACCAGAUGCUCUACCAAUUCCGGUAUUGUUACAGCAAUGCAAGAUUCGAUUAAGCCGGAGGAGGAUGAAGUCAGCCGUUCUCUAGCGGAGAAUGUCUCGGAUAUGAAUGAUGUUGAUCAUUUGUGAUCAUGUUUGUGUCGAGGCUUGUGUAUGGGAC